AUGGGGACCCCCGGGCGUUUGUCCCUCAGGCUCUGCUGGGCGCACCUGCGACGCUUGGAGCCCCGGCGGGUUCCCCCGACGUCCCCGGUGUGUCCCCACAAACUCGGCUGGCUUCUGCUGGGCACGUUGCCCAAACUCAUCUCAGCCUACGGGGACGUGGGCCAGCGGGUCCCCGAGAGCCUGUGUCAGCGAAGGGCGGCCGUCUGGGACGACCCUGCUGAGCUGGGGCGCGUGAAACUGGUCCCCUGGAUGGGGCGCGGCCUCCUCCUGCACCUGCAACUCUGGCUGCGCGCGGGCGCGCUCCUGGCGAGGUUCCUCCCGCUCCUCCUGCUGUACCCCCUCACCUACCUGGGACCUGCCAUGGCCUCCUUCUGGCUCCACCUGCUGCUGAGGGCCACGGAGGGCUGCGGCCCCACUUACAUCAAGCUGGGCCAGUGGGCCAGCACCCGGCGGGACCUGUUCUCCGAGGCCUUUUGCGGAGUCUUCUCCAGGCUGCAUGGCCGCGUGAGGCCCCACCGGUGGGCGCACACUCGCCGCGCCCUCCAGCAGGCCUUUGGGGAGAACUGGGACCAGGUGCUGUGCUUCGACAGCCUGGAGCCCGUGGGCUCCGGCUGCGUGGCCCAAGUGUACAAGGCCCACGCCAACGCUGCCUUCCUGGACGAGGACAGCCUCCGGACCCUCGUCUCCACCACCAUCCUGUGGUCCUCCUCUGGACACCCUGGAAAGGGCGUGAAGCUAGAGAGAAGCCUUGAUGGCCGGUCAUUUCUAGAAACCCUGCUCCUCUCCAAAGCAUCCAUGGUGGCGAUGCCCACGUCUCACCCUGCCCACCGACCUGAGCCAGGCCCCCUCAUCCCAGUGGCAGUGAAAGUCUUGCACCCUGGUCUGCUUGCUCAGGUGCACAUGGACCUGAUGCUGGUAAAGAUUGGCAGUCGACUCCUUGGGCUUUUGCCGGGAAUCAAAUGGCUGAGUUUGUCAGAGGUUGUGGACGAGUUUGAGAAGCUCAUGGUGCAACAGGUCGACCUGCGCUACGAAGCUCAGAACCUGGAGCACUUCCAGCGUAACUUCUGGAACGUGGCUGCGGUCAGGUUCCCCACACCGCUGCGCCCCUUCAUCUCCAGGGACAUCUUGGUGGAGACAUACGAAGAGAGCGUGCUCGUGUCCCACUACCAGCAGGCGGAGGUUCCCCAGGAGCUGAAGAGGCAGAUUGCACAGCUGGGAAUCCAGAUGCUUCUGAAGAUGAUAUUCGUGGACAACUUUGUCCAUGGGGACCUACACCCUGGGAACAUCCUGGUGCAAGGUGCUGACGCUCUGUCAAGGGAGCAGCUGUCGGGGCCGCAGAAGGUGGAGGUUGCGCCCCUUGGCCCCCAGCCCCUACGGCUGGUGCUGCUGGACGCUGGCAUCGUGGCUGAGAUGCAGCCCAGUGACCUGAACAACUUCCGGGCUGUCUUCUUGGCCGUGCUGCUGGGGCAGGGCCAGCGAGUGGCUGAGCUCAUCCUGCACCACGCCCGGGACAGCAAAUGCAGGGACGUGGAGGCCUUCAAGGAGGAGAUGGCCACACUGGUGAGCCAGGCCAGGAGGAACGCUGUCACACUGGAGAAGCUUCAAGUUUCCACCCUUCUCUCUAGUGUCUUCAAGUUACUGAUGAAACACCAGGUGAAGCUCGAGAGUAACUUUGCCUCCAUUGUGUUUGCAACCAUGGUGUUAGAGGGGCUUGGUCGCUCACUGGACCCUAAGCUGGACUUACUGGAAGCAGCGAGGCCCUUUCUUCUUGGGGGACUAGUGUCCUUCACCUAA